AGCUGCUUUUUGUUUUUUUAAACAUUGUUUCCUAAAAGUUGAAGCAGCAGUUUUCUUUAAAAAAAUUUCGCCUCAGAUGAAAAUCGAUUUCUUGAUUCCCACAACGCCUGUCCGGCUCCAAACCUCCGCGAUUUCGCUCUGCUGCGGAGAGCUACUCCCGGUGCCGGCGGCCGCAGCCCGAUCUCCGGCGAACAACAGCUUCCGCCUCCAUCUCGAAUUGCUUCCCGCGAUUUUCGGCGUCUGCAGAACUGCGAUCCCGCUUUGAACCGAUCAAAACCGCCGGCGAAGGCUUCUGUAUCAAGCCUUCUCUGUGGGAAAUCAAGCACACACCGUCUCUCUUGACUGCUAGAUCGGCCAGAAACAGUUCAGACAGCACGCGCUUGUUUGAUUCGGUCUUCAAGGUUUCUUCAUCUUAUUCUUGUUUGCUUCUGGUUUAGUGUGGAUUAGCCCGGGAUUAAAUUUGGUUACAUCAACUUGCAUUUCAACAUCAAUUUACUCUACAUUCUUAGAGCUUAUCCGUCUUCUUUCUCAUUUAAGCCUGACCUGUUCUCGCAAAUAAAGUUCUGAUGCUACUCAUGAAUAAAUUGAAAUGAGUGUCCAACCCAAAAGGAGGGCAGCAGCAGAAAGUGGGGAAGUAAGUGGGGGGAUCGACUCAGGCCUCUCAACUUUGAUUGGAAAUGGAGAAGAUUUAGGCCCAAUUGUUAGGCAUGCCUUUGAAGUUGGCAAACCAGAGGCGCUCUUGCACCAGCUUCGGAGCAUCGUUAAGAAGAAGGAAGUCGAAAUAGAAGAGCUUUGCAAACUCCACUAUGAGGACUUCAUACUCGCAGUCGACGAGCUUCGUGGUGUGUUGGUGGAUGCUGAUGAGCUCAAAAGCAUGUUAGCAAAUGAAAACCUCAGUCUUCAAGACGUUGCAAGUUCUCUUCUUCUAAAGCUUGAGGACCUCCUUGAACUUUACUCUAUCAAAAAAAAUGUCACCGAGGCCCUUAGAAAGCUGAAGAUUUGCAUUCAAAUUUCAAAUUUAUGCCAUAAGUGCAAUAAACAUAUAUCAGAUAACAAGUUUGUCCCAGCUUUAAAAACUCUGGACAUGAUUGAGAAUGAUUAUCUCUCAAAUGUUCCCAUAAAGUCGCUUCGAAAGGUGAUUGAGAAGCAAAUUCCAGCAAUAAAAACACAAAUUGAAAAGAAAGUUUGCAGUGAAUUUAAUGAGUGGCUUGUGCAAAUAAGAAGCAUUUCGAAGAAUAUUGGGCAAUUAGCCAUUGCGCAAGCUGCCUCUACCCGCCAAAGAGAUGAGGAAAUGCGUGCUCGACAGCGGGAAGCUGAAGAGCAGAGCCGUUCCGGUCUUGUGGAGUGUGUGUACUCAUUAGACAUUGAACAGCUCGAUGAAGACUCAGUUCUCGAGUUUGAUCUUACUCCCGUAUACCGCGCACACCAUAUACACACUUGUCUCGGUAUCGAGGAGAGGUUCCACGAAUACUAUUACAAGAACAGAUUAAUGCAGCUCAAAUUGGACUUAGAGAUCUCAACUUCUCAGCCAUUUCUCGAAUCCCACCAACCUUUUUUCACUCAGAUUGCCGGUUUUUUCAUUGUGGAGGACCGUGUUCUUCGCACCGCAGGAGAUUUGCUGUCUGAUACUCAGGUGGAAACUAUUUGGGACACAGCUCUGGCAACUAUAACAUCAAUUCUAGAGUACCAGUUUGCCCGCAUGGAUACUGCAAGCCAUCUUCUUCUCAUCAAGGACUUCGUUACAUUGUUAUGUUCAACCCUAAAGCAUUAUGGUUACCGUUUGACGCCAUUGCUUGAGGUUCUCAAUAGCACCAGAGACAAGUAUCAUGAACUCCUCCUCGAUGAAUGCCGGAAACAACUUACCAACAUCCUUGCUAACGACUCUUAUGAACAAAUGGUGAUUCGGAAGGAAUACGAAUACAAAAUGAAUGUUGCCGCAUUCAAUCUUCAAACUUCAGAUAUAACACCUGCCUUUCCAUAUGUGGCCUCCUUCUCCUCCUCCGUUCCCGAUGUUUGCCGUAUAAUUCGCUCCUUCAUCAACGACUCAGUGAGUUACUUAUCGUUCGGAGCCCAUAUGAACUUCUACGAUGUCGUGAAAAAGUAUGUGGACAAGCUUCUGAUCGACGUCCUCAACGAAACACUCCUCAACAUUAUUCAUGGCGGCUCGUUAGGCGCGUCGCAGGCGAUGCAAAUUGCUGCUAACAUUUCUGUUCUGGAGCGAGCUUGUGAUCUCUUCCUUCGGCAGGUUGCACAGCGCUGCGGCAUGCCGGUUCGUCUUUUCGAUCGGCCUCAUGCUGGUUUCGCUGCGAAGGCCGUGUUGAAGGCCUCACAGAACGCGGCUUAUAACGCGCUGCUGAACGAGGUGAACUCGAAGUUGGAUGAAUUCUAUUUUCUCAUGAAUAAUUUUGACUGGAUUGCUGAUGAUCCUCCGCAGAAUGUGAGUGAUUAUACGAAUGAGAUUAUAAUCUAUCUUGACACCUUGAUAUCUACAGCCCAGCAGAUUUUACCGUUGGAAGCCCUUUACAAACUUGGUAUUUCUUCAUUGGAACAUAUCUCUGACUCCAUUGUUGCAGCUUUUUUAAAUGAUAAUGUUAAGAGAUUUACAGUUAGUGCUGUUAUGGGGAUCGAUAAUGACUUGAAGGCACUUGAAGUGUUUGCAGAAGAAAGAUAUGAGAGCACGGGGUUGUGCGAUUUGAACCAAAACCGGAGCUUAAAGGAUUGUUUGUUGGAAUCUAGACAACUGGUUAACCUUCUUUUAAGUAAUCAAGCUGAGAACUUUAUGAAUCCUGUAAUAAGACAGAAGAAUUAUGGUUCUCUGGACUAUAAAAAGGUGGCCAGUAUAUGUGAUAAAUUUAAGGAUUCUCCUGAUAGAAUUUUCGGAAGUUUGUCAAGCAGAAACACUAAGCCGAAUGCUAGGAAGAAGUCCAUGGACAUGUUGAAGAAAAGGCUGAAGGACUUCAACUGAAGCUGAUUGAGCUGUUUGUUUCGGUCGGUCGCUAUGGUAUUUUUCAUUUCUUUGAAUUUUGUCGCCUUCAAUCUGUAUUUUUUCGUUGUAUGUUGCGCGAGUUGUUCAUAUUCGUGUUUUUCUUGUUCACUAUUAAUUUUUUUUUUAAUGGUUGGUUCUAU